UCUGUUUGGCACCAAAAUUUGGAGAAGCAAAGGAAAAGGAAAAUGGUUGCAUAAGAAAUCCAAAGAUUCAUUUUGAUGUCUCAGUCCAAAAACAAUGAUUGUAUCUCUGCUUUCACCUUUAAGAAAAGCAAAUUGUUUCUUGUUCAAUGCAAAAACCCUUACCAUUUCAUUUCCAAAGCUUCUACUUCAUCAGUAAGAUAGUUACAAAGGGAAAAAAGAGUCAUGGCUGCUUUGUCUCACGCCUUUCCAAGCAUUCCGUCUUCCUGUUGUCAUUGCCGAAUAAGUAAUCUCAAGGAAGAUCACAAAGUCUGCGUUUGGGGUUUCUCCAGAGAAAUAUGUGACAAUGAAAUCGGUGUUUCUAGGGUUAACAGGAAGAAGGAUAAUAAUAAUCUCACCGGUCGCUGGACUGUGAAUGCAGUUGACACCCACAUUGUGGAGACCGCUCCACCUCGCACCACCGUUGAAAUUCCCAUUACUUGUUACCAGCUUAUUGGCGUUACUGAUCAAGCUGAAAAAGAUGAGGUUGUUAAAUCAGUGAUGGAUUUGAAGAGUGCUGAAAUUGAAGAAGGUUACACCAUGGAUGCUUUUGCAUCUCGCCAGGGUCUUUUAAUGGAUGUGAGAGAUAAACUUCUUUUUGAACCAGAAUAUGCUGGUAAUAUUAAGGAAAAGAUCCCACCUAAAUCUUCCCUACGAAUCGCUUGGGCUUGGUUGCCAGGUGCUCUUUGCCUCCUUCAAGAGGUUGGAGAAGUUAAGCUUGUGCAAGAUAUUGGUCAUGUAGCUGUUCAGCAUCCAGAUGCUAAGCCGUAUGUUCAUGAUCUUCUUCUUUCUAUGGCACUAGCGGAGUGUGGAACUGCAAAGAUUGGUUUUGAGAAGAACAAGGUGUCCCAAGGAUUUGAAGCUCUUGCUCGUGCACAGAGCCUUCUAAGGAGUAAAAAGUCUUUUGGGAAAAUAACAUUGUUAUCUCAGAUAGAAGAAUCUUUGGAGGAGGUUGCACCUGCUUGCACAUUGGAAUUGCUAGGCAUGCCUCACUCACCUGAGAAUGCUGAAAGAAGAAGAGGAGCAAUUGCAGCCUUGCGUGAAUUGGUCAGACAGGGGCUUGGUGUGGAAACGUCGUGUCGAGUCCAAGACUGGCCAUGCUUCUUGAGCCAAGCAUUUAAUAGACUAAUGGCUUCGGAGAUAGUUGAUCUUCUUCCAUGGGAUGACUUAGCUAUUACAAGGAAGAAUAAGAAAUCACUUGAAUCACAGAAUCAAAGGGUUAUUAUUGAUUUUAAUUGUUUGUACAUGGUGUUGAUAGCUCAUAUUGCCCUGGGGUUUUCAAGCAAACAAAAGGAAUUGAUUGACAAAGCAAAGACUAUAUGCGAGUGUCUGACUGCAUCAGAGGGUACUGAUCUGAAACUUGAGGAAAAUUUUUGCUUGUUCCUUCUUGGUCAGGGUAAUGAGGCUAUGGUUGUUGAAAAGCUUCAGAAGCUUGAAUUAAAUUCAAAUUCUGCUGCACGAAAUCCAAUCUCAGGGAAGGAAGUUAAGCAUACUUGUGGAGCAAAUCAAACUUUGGAAAUGUGGCUGAAGGAGGCUGUCCUUGCUGUGUUUCCAGACUCACGAGAUUGCCCUCCAUCGUUGGCCAACUUUUUUGGUGGUGAAAGGAGGACUCCUUUGAGCAAGAAAAGCAAAGUAGCUCCACAGAAUUUGCCUAUUUUAAGUCACAGACCAAUUUCCACUACUCUCGUGUCAGAGCGGAGAGAUUUUGAUGAGUCUCUUUCCCAUAUGAACUCUUCUCAACAUCUUGGAACAGCUGUUAAGCAGCUGGCUCCAACUGAUCUUCAGAGUCCCUUGAUAUUGGGCAAGACUGGCAGUGGAAGCAGUGCUAGUGCAUCAUCUGUUCAAUUGAAAAGGAAUCUUGGCAUGCACCAUGACAAAGUUUGGAAUGGUUGGGUUGCUAGAGGAGUUUUGGUGGGAAGGAUCACUUUCGUGGCAGUACUGGGGUGCAUUGUUUUUGCUUCCUUAAGGUUAACAGGCAUGAAGGGAAACAAGAUGAGAAAUGCUUAUAAAUGGGGCCCUAGUAAGCCAAAUAUGCACACAAGUUCCAUUUCUUGGACAACAGAUUCAUCUGUGGAUUCUAGUCUAGUACCUGCUUAUAUCAAGGGAAAUGGACUAGCUGGCAGACUUAAGAAGUUUUUGGUGACUUUUAUGAAGCAGGUCAGGACCUGCUCAGAUGCUGAAAAUCCACAAAUUUCAUAUCUGUCUUCUUCGACAUCUGUGUUCCGGAGGCUUAUGUCUAUUGAAGAAGCUGAAGACCUUGUGAAGCAAUGGCAAGCAAUUAAAGCUGAAGCUCUAGGGCCUAGCCAUGAAAUUGAUAGCCUCUGUGAAAUCCUUGAUCAGUCAAUGCUUGUUCAGUGGCAGGCUUUGGCUGAUGCUGCAAAAGCGAGGUCUUGUUAUUGGAGAUUUGUUUUGCUACAAUUGUCUGUCCUGCGAGCUGAAAUUUUAUCAGAUGAAGUUGGAGGAGAGAUAGCAGAAAUCGAGGCUGUCCUGGAGGAAGCAGCUGAACUUGUUAAUGAAUCUGAACAAAAGAACCCAAGUUAUUACAGCACGUAUAAAAUUUGGUAUGUUCUAAGAAGGCAAGCAGAUGGUUCAUGGAGGUUCUGUGAAGGGAAAGUGCAAACACCAUCAUAACAUUGGCCUAGUUACUGGAAUGCAUGAACCAGCAGCUGCCACACCGAAUAAUGCUUGGCUAACUUGGUUCCUCGCAUCUUUAAUUCUUCUUGUGGAGGUCCCAACUAAUUAGAAAUGUGGAUCUAAAUUUAGGAGGUUUUUGGCAGAAUUCCAAAAUUGCAAUUGGGUUGUUUAGUUUAGUUGAUGUUGAUAACUUUUACUUGUAGCUGAAAUAGAAUGAGCGGAAAAUAGUUAUUGGUUUCCUUUCGUCUGUGUCGUUGUCUCCGAUUACUUGAGGCAUUUAAGGCUAAUUGAAAUUGAAUUGUUUGACAUGAACUUCGGACUACUGUACAGAUUAUCUAAGUUUCAAAAUUUACUAUGUCAUCUGAGUGUGCUUAUUUUAGUUUAUUA